CCCCCGCCGCCGCUCCGCCUUCCGGGGCUUCCUCGCCGCCUUCGCCUCGGCCCUCGCUCUGAGGGGAGCCAGGCGGCUGCUCCUCAGCUUCCGCCAUGCUGCUUCCCGGGCGGCGGACGUGACGCCAGGCUCCGCGCAGCGCCUCAUUCCCGAGGGGUGCCCGCGCCCCUUUCCCGUCAGGUGACAGGGAGCGCCGCGUCACGUGCGGCCCCGACAGCCGUUCCGCCGGUGCCGGGUGCGGAGCCCUGCGGAGCCCCGCGGAGCCGCUGCGCGCCGCCCGCUGCCGCCGACCCGAGAGCAGGGGGGAAGGUCGGGGAGGGGCCGGAGGGGCGCAGCGCAGCCAUCCCGGCGGCAGCCGCCGCCCCCCGCCCCACCAUGAUCAAAGCCAUCCUCAUCUUCAACAACCACGGCAAGCCGCGGCUCUCCAAGUUCUACCAGCGCUAUAGCGAAGAUACACAGCAACAAAUUAUCAGAGAAACUUUCCAUUUAGUGUCGAAACGUGAUGAAAAUGUCUGUAAUUUCCUAGAAGGAGGAUUAUUAAUAGGUGGAUCUGACAAUAAACUCAUUUACCGACACUAUGCCACCUUGUACUUUGUCUUCUGUGUGGAUUCUUCUGAAAGUGAGCUUGGCAUUUUAGACCUCAUACAAGUAUUUGUGGAAACACUAGACAAAUGUUUUGAAAAUGUCUGUGAACUGGAUUUAAUUUUUCAUGUAGACAAGGUCCAUAAUAUACUGGCUGAGAUGGUCAUGGGUGGAAUGGUUUUGGAGACCAACAUGAAUGAAAUCGUCACUCAGAUCGAUGCUCAAAAUAAACUGGAGAAAUCUGAGGCUGGUUUAGCAGGAGCUCCAGCCCGGGCUGUUUCAGCUGUAAAGAAUAUGAAUCUGCCAGAGAUCCCAAGAAAUAUUAAUAUUGGUGACAUCAGUAUAAAAGUGCCAAACCUGCCCUCUUUUAAAUAAUAUGGCUACUCCAGGUAAAACCAAGGAAGAAAUGUAAUAGUGAUUUACUGGAUUGUUGUUUACUAAAUAAACAACAUGUUUCUUCUACUUUUUGGAUAAAACUCAAGGUACUGUAUAAACGUAAUUUGAAAAAUCAGUGCGUGGAGUUGAAUGUUGCUUUUGUCUUAUUUGUGAAACUAAAGGAAAUGGGUAGGUUCAGUGCGAUUUCUAAAUUACAUUCCUGUGCCCUUGUAAGGCAUAUCACUGUGUCUCGGCUGCUGCAGUAUUUUGGGAAAGUAUUUAAGAUGUUCUUUACUUUCUAUAACAUAUAAUGCUGAGUUUUUUGUAUAUUCACUAAGGUCUAUAAUUAGCGCAUUCCUUAACUACUUCUGCUGUUUGUCAUGAUAAUUUAAGACUUAAGUGCAAGUGUUGCAUGAAAACAUUAAGGUUUUGUUUUGUUUAAAUAAAAUCGUAACAAACUGGACUUCCAAA